AACUCUCGCCGGUGCUCUUCCUGGUGUGUUCACAAAACCUCAAUGAGUAACUUUAGUUGUAGUUCUCUUUAUAUACAUCCAUGGUUUUAUUAGCAGCUUUCACUUAUGAGCUCUUUCUGCGCUGCUCAACUGCGAAAGCACCUAAAGCGUCAGAUAUAUAGUUUCCAUAGUGAUGUUGUGCUUCCUAGCAACGUGUGUUCCAUUUCACUAGCAACGUGUGUUCCAGUCUGAAGUUGUGUUUGAGUCCAGAUGAGCAGCUGGAGGUGAGGAGAUGAGAUGGGUUCAGUCCGCUGGGCUUUUCGCUGCGGGUCUUGGACACCGAGCAGGUCUGACUGGCUGUUAGCUGCUCGAUGCAUCCAGCAGGAGGAGAGAGACAGGAUCGGACAGUUUGUGUUUGCUAAAGAUGCCAAGUCAGCCAUGGCUGGCAGGUUGUUGCUGAGGAGAUUUGUGUGUGAGAGGAUGGGGAUCCCCUGGUCAGAGAUCAAACUGGAGCGAUCUCCCAGAGGGAAACCUUACCUGGCAGCACCACUGAAGGUCAGUUCAGAUUCAGAUUCAGGCCCUGAACCCCCAGCCUGGAACUUCAAUCUGUCCCACCAGGGGGACUACGCUGUGCUCGCUGCAGAGCAGGGGGUGCAGGUGGGAGUGGAUAUCAUGAAGACCACCCUACCAGGUAGCAGCUCUGUGCCGGAGUUUUUCCGCAUCAUGACUCGUCAGUUUACAGCGUACGAGUGGAGCGUCAUCCAAUCAGCCGACUCGGAGCAGCAGCAGCUCGCCGCGUUCUACCGCCACUGGGCCUUGAAGGAGAGCUUCAUCAAAGCCAUCGGCACAGGUCUGGGCUUCAACCUGCAGAGGGUGGAGUUUCACCUGUCCCCCAAACCGCUCACACAGAAAUCUGUACUGUGCCAGACCAAGAUGCAUCUAGAUGAAGAAGAAGAACAGGACUGGAUAUUUGAAGAGAGCUUGCUGGAUGCCGACCAUCAUGUUGCUGUAGCACUCGGAUCAGCAGACGAAGCAGGCUUUGCACCUCUUCGUCCAUCUCUUCCUCCUCCAACCUCAUUUACGCUGCUGACGUUCAGCGACCUCAUCGCGUCGGCCUCACCUCUGACGGAGGAAGACUCCACCUGCUGGGACAGCUUCAACAUGAAGGCUGAAGCUCCGCAGAGACAAAAAGAAACACCCACAUCCAAAUAGCCACCUGUCUCACGCUGACACUCACCUGACAUAUACACACACACACACACACACACACACACACACACACCUUUCAUUGGUGCAAAAAAAAAAACACACACACACUGAGACUGAAGCUGUUUUCUCAUUCAACACAAGUGCAGUCCAGUCCCGUCAAGUCUAUUUAUAAAACCAAAGAUCACAGGUUUGUCUCAGAGGACUUCAGAAUCCAUACAGCAUCUGACACCUUCUAUCUUUAGAUCCUCAGUUCAGAUGAAGAAAAACUCCACAAAACUCCACAAAAAAAUACUUUUAUUAACUUCCUUUCUAAUUUCAGGAUACACAUGUCGAAGAUUAUGCACUGAGCUCCUCAUUAUUGAUCCUUGUAUGCCCUCAAACAACACAUUCAUUGAAAGAAAUCUGUAAUACAUGGUGUAUAUAAUGUGUAAUAUGUAACAUGUAUAACUUACAUAUAUAUAUAUAUAUAUAGAUGAUGAUUAAUAGUCCAUAUUUACUUUAUUUUAGCUAGAUCCCUAUGUGGAUUAUAGAUGCAAGGAUCAAAUGAAGAGUUCCACUAAGUGGCAAUGUCUGUGCAUGGUGUUGGUGAAAGAAAGACUUUUCACAUCCAUAUCUGUAUUCAAGAUUGAUGUCGCUCUUCACAAAGUCAUUUUUCCUCUCAAGGCCUCUGUCUUUUAUUCUUUUCUGUCUUUUCUCCAGUAGUUUUUGUGAGUUCAAUGCAGAGCAACAUAUAAAGUAUCCAAUAUAGCUACUGCAUGUUCUGUUGUACAUUUUUGUAUCUUUUCAGUCCUGCUCUCACUCUCCCCUGUGUGCUAUAUUGGUCUGCUAGUCUCACAUGUACAGAGCUGGAUAAUAAAUAUGACUUAACAAUAUUCAGUGGUAUUUCAGUUCAUGAUCAUAUUGUGUUAUCCUUUUAAAGAAUUGUGCCAACCCAGGUAAUGAUUUCAAGCAAUCUGUGGAGCUUGAGUAGGUUGAUAUCGGAUAGACUUUUUUGUAACCAUAUUGCCCUAUAUUUGCGUGCGUGUGCGCGUGCCUGCGUGUGUGAUGCUUGUGAGUUGUGUGUCUCUACACUUCCUCUGUGUAGCUAAAUAUAUCUGCCUCUAUUCUCUUUUCCCUAUCUUGCAUUCAUUUUCUCCUUCCUUUCUUCUCCUUCUUAUCUCUUCCAUUUUGUCUCUUUCUUUCCUUUUUCUCUGUCUCUAUCUUGUCUCUCCAUCUGGUAGCGCAUCUAUUUUAAUCGAGGACAUUUAGUCGACCGUCGUGUUCUCUUGCAGUUCAUUUCUGCUCCAUCCUCCCUCUCUCGAGGACAACUCAUAGAUGUAGUGUCGGUCUGCGCGUUUAACCCUUCUUUCUGCAUCUUAUUACUUUAAUCGCAACAUAUAUUCAUAAGCCUUCUCCUCUGCACACACAGAAGGAAAUGACAAGUUAGAGGUCAAGUGGUAUGUAUGUGCAGUCGAGAAUAUGCCAGGUUUGUGACAUUACACAUUCCACCUCCCCUUCUCACCCCCGAGAUGAACAGAUACAUAAACACGCGAAAUGGCUGCUGCAGAGCAUUUGUCUUGUUACUGUAAUUAUUUGAGAAUAAUGGCUACAUAGUUGUUGGAAAGUCUUUCAUGUCUGCCUACAUCCCUAAUGAGCUCUGACAGCAGCCACCGGCUCACCUGUGCCUAGUUGCCUCUGAACAGCAGAGGUGAUCCCAAUCAGUAGACAAUCAGGACUCCUAUAAGUAGCCGGGGAGGAGAAGAACAUUUGCUGCUACCAGCCAUACCUGAUCCUCUGCCUUCAAGUGCGUUUUCGAAAGUGAGUUCUUAUAAUGUCAUGCCUUUGUGUUCACUUUAGACUGCCAAUGUGUCACUGAAUUAUUAUUAUUGUUUGUUCAAGUAUUAUCUGACUUACUUUGAUAAUUCAGAUAACUGAUUAAAUGCAUGUGUGCUGUUUUAUCUCAUGAAUCUGUUGUUUGUGUAUUUGUUAUAGAUAAACCAGUUGCUGAGGUUAAAGAUGAAACGCAUCUGAAAUGAAGUCUUUGUUGGUGGAA